GUCUUGGUACUCUACAAAAUUGAAGCACUGGAAGUUUGAAUAAUCGACGCUUGCUUGACUUUUGACUGUGAUGGUGUUGUUUGUCGUUUCCGUAACACAGUUUUGGUUUCACUGGGUCUAAAAAUGGAAUGAGGAAGCGCACAUAACAUAUAUCAGUAGAGACAUGGACUACAGAGCACUCUGACGUGAACCUGUGGAGGAUGUCUUUACCAUGCAGUUGAUUCAGUCUACGAUGUUGGAGGAACACAAAACAACGAUGUUGGCUCAGGAGUUUGUGUUGAGACAAAGGGUAGAUAUCGUGAACGCACUCUGCCGUAGCGGGUCAAGUGAAUAUUUGGAAAGCGUUUUGGAUAUUUUACUGUCACAGGAGCAGCUCACAUGGGAGGACUACCAAAAUAUACUUGUGCCAGGGCGGUCACUCCACACAAACACCAGGCAGCUGCUCGACCUGGUUUUUUCCAAAGGUGUGGAGCCAUGCAUGUACUUGAUGACGGCACUCCAACAGGUUCUGCCCAAAUUUACACGUGCUGGGAGUAACGAAAACAUAAAUGAAGAGAGGGACGUAACAAGUGCCCACGCCUUGAUGACGCAAAGGGCCAGACUGGUACGUGAGCUUAAAGACGUGGAUGGACUCUUGGAUGCUCUGGUUGCUUCAGGACAUUUUUCAUCACUGGACUGUGACGUGGUCAAGCUCCCCACAAGGACACCAUCACAGCAGGUGAGAACUUUGCUUGACCUUGUCCUGGCCAAAGGAGAUCCUGCAGGAGAAGUUGUCUUAAAGUAUGCUCAGCAACAACAGACAUGUGGUUCACUCGUGAAAGGGAGUGAACAAAGUUUACCUAAAGAGUUUUCUAGAUACCAGAAAAAGCUGAGCAGUUCCGUUUUGGCCCAAUCAUCAUUUGUUGGUACAUAUGGAGGAGGCAGCGUCAUGCGUUUGGAUGACAUCUACACAGAGGGCCAGUUGGAGCUGCCACAGGACUUAAGUGAAGCUAAUUGUGUGUGUGUGACCCUGGAGGACAUAAUCGGGGUGGUGGGCACAGUGAACACUGAGGCUGACACUGUGCUGCUAUCUGGAGAUGCAGGCAGUGGGAAGAGCACCCUCCUCCAAAGGUUGCACCUGCUUUGGGCCCGAGGGGCAGCAUUACAAGAAUUUCUUCUGUUGUUCCCAUUCAGCUGUCGGAGAUUAAACUCAGAGCAAAGAGAGCUGUCUGUUAUAGACUUACUGUUUCAGCACUGUUGUUGGCCGGACCGGGACAAAGAUGAGAUUUUUCAGUUCAUUUUAGACAAUCCCCAUCUCAUCCUCUUUACCUUUGAUGGCCUGGAUGAACUCAAAGAUACUUUUUCAGAUGAACAGAGACUUUGCUGCCCAACCCAGUGUGCACCAGUUCCCAUAGUCUUGUUUAAUUUACUCCAGGGGUGUUUAAUGAAAGGAGUGCGCAAAAUAGUGAGUAGUCGACCACAAGCUGUCAGUCCUGCUUUGAAGAAGCACCUUCGCAAAGAGGUGAUUCUAAAAGGAUUUUCCCCUAGCGGCAUUGACUCCUUUGUGAGGAAACACCACAAUGAUCCAACAGUGGCAGUCAAAGUUUUGCAGUCCUUAAAAACAAACAGAGCUUUACUGGGACUGUGCCAUAGUCCAGUCCUGUGCUGGAUUGUCUCUCAGUGCCAUAAGGAGCUACUGGACGGUCAUGAGGAAAGUCCAAAGACGAUUACACAUGCUUACCUUAUGAUUCUGCAGCAUUUCUUCCAGCGUCAUAGCUCAGUUAACACAACUGAUGGAUUAAGUUGGAUGCUGCAGCAUCACACAACUGUCUUACAUUUGGGACAACUAGCCUUUGUUGGAAUAAACUGUUCUGCUUAUGUAUUCUCUCAGGCAGAGCUGAACAAAUGUGGGGUCACAGAGAUGGACGUUGGAAGUGGUUUUCUCAUUCAAAGCAAAAGCAUGUCUUCAAACCACAUUAAAACAUUUGAGUUUCUCCAUGUAACAAUACAGUGUUUUUUUGCAGCUGCCUUCAUUGUUUUGUCUACUACCAUUGAACACUGCACCAUACCCAGACUCUUUAAAACCCAGGACCCACUGAUGGCACCCCUUGGCAGCACAUGUUUCCAUGGUUGUCUGUCCAGCUCUGAGCAACAGCAAAAACCCCUAGACGACAGAGACACCAUAGAAGCGAAACAUCAAAAUAUACAAAUAACAGCAAUGUUUCUAUGUGGAUUACUGUCCCAAAGACAUCAGUUUUUGUGGCUCCAGUGCUGCUCCAGAGCCAAUAUAGAGAAAAGAGCUAAACUGGUGGCUAAAUGUCUGUCCAAAUCCUUGCACAAACACUUCAAAUCCAUUCCUCAGCCAGUUCAAGGAGAAAAGAAAAGUAUGCAUGCAAUGCCAGGCUUUGUGUGGCUCAUCAAAUGCAUCUAUGAGAUGCAGGAGAGCGCAGUAGCUAAAGAUGCCAUGAGCAAGAUGGAUGUCCAACACCUCAAACUGACAUACUGCAACAUUGGUCCAGUGGAGUGCACUGCUCUGGCCUAUGUCCUGCAGCAUUUGAAAAACCCUGUGGGCCUCCAGCUUGAUUACAACUCUGCUGGGGAUGUUGGCAUAGAGCAACUUCUUCCCUGUCUGCACAUCUGCCAGUCACUGUACCUCAGAAACAAUAACAUAUCAGAUGAGGGCAUUUCCAAAUUGAUAACAAAAGGAAUCCUCUGUGAGAAUUUCCAAAAAAUUGCGCUUUUUAACAACAAACUUACUGAUAAUAGCAUGAAAUACUUUUCGGAGCUCCUGAAGAACAGGCAAAAUUUCUUUGCUCUGAGACUUGGAAAUAAUAAUAUAAGUGCAGAAGGAGCUAAACAACUGGCAGAAGGCUUGAAACUGAAUCAUUCACUGAAGUAUUUAGGACUUUGGGGAAAUAAAAUAGGCGACACAGGAGCAGAAGCUCUUGCUUAUGCACUAGAAAACAGCAAAUCCCUGGUGUGGCUCAGUUUGGUAGGCAAUGGUGUUGGGAAUGCUGGAGCUUUUGCUCUCGCCAAUGUCAUUAGGAAUUGCACUUCACUGGAAGAGCUUUGGCUGACUGACAACUGCAUAACCCGUCCAGGUGUGGACAGCCUGAGAGAAGCAUUACAACACAACAUCAGAGUGAAGUCUGUAUGGUUAAAAAAAAAUCACCUCAGUGAGGAGGACAUUGAAGAAUUUGCACAGGAGUCCCGACUGAUCAUCUGAAAGCCUUAUAUUGAUUGUGCAUUUGUAAAUUGUAUUAAACAGACUAAGCUACUAAUCACAC